AUGAACUGUACAUUUUAAAUGAAGGUAAUAAAGUAUUUUAGUAAUACUAUGAUAAUGAAAGAAUUAUUUGGAUUACAAGAGAUGAUUUAACGUAAAUUUAUAUUAUAGAUAAGCUUUUAAAAUGAUGAGAUUUUCAUUUGGAAAAAAAAAGUCCUUUAAAAUUUUUAAAAGAACACAUCAAUAAAUUGAAGAAAGAAAAAUUAGAAUUCAGAAACAAAAGUUUAACAACAUAAAGCAAAAACUAGAGCGAAAAAGGCAAAAUCUGAGAAUAUUGAACAGAAAAUUAGAACUUAUCAAACCAUGUUUAGAACUAGUCACUACAGAAAUAAUAACAAUAAGAUGCUCAGAUUUUUAGAAAGUAAUAAAAGCAAUGAUCAAUUAUAAUUUAAAAGUAAUUAUAAUUGAUUUUAUAAAUAUAAUUUCUGCAACAAUAAUAUAAACGAUGAAAACAAGUAACUCUAUGAAAAAAGUAUCGAAUAGUUUUAAAGCAGUUUUUAAACAGGAAUAGCAGUUUGAAUUCACUUUAUUUGCAUCUCUUAAUUGA